UCGGAAUCCGAGGAGAGUGGUACAGGCAGCGCCGAGAGGAAGAGACGGCGAAACCUACCCACAGUCACAGGCAAAGUCUUAUGACUUUUCUCAACAGGGCAUGAGAGGGAACGCGAGGUAGUGGGAGGAAGAGGAAAAAGGCGAAAGAACCGGGAGGCAAAAAAGGUACCAGGGUCGAAGCUCGCUACACUCCACUUCAUUAUCAUGUGUUCCUUCUCAAUCCUCAAUUUGUUGCUGCACUUGCUGUUCACGUGGAGGAGCUGUGCUUUCCAGGACAUCAGGCAACGGAACACAGAGUUUGCUCUCAACCUUUACCAACAAUUCACCGAGGCCGAAGAGUAUCGCAACUUCGUCAUAUCGCCAGCAGGUAUCACUUUUGCAUUGGGGCUCCUGCAGUUGGGAGCCAAAGGAGAGACUUCCACGCAGCUGGAGAAUGCCCUCGGAUAUACUGUACACGGUACUGAUUCGCGAGUACAACACUUCUUACAAACUACCUACGGGGAUCUGACGAACUCCAACCACAGUCCAACCAUACAGCUGGCUUGUGGCCUAUUCGUGGAAUCCAGCAUCCAGCUCUCUCCGAAAUUCUCGGAGGACAUGGCCGUCUGGGUAAAUGGGAGCCUGCAGCGGGUGAACUUCGGCAAUCCCAAUGAAACGGCAACGUUGAUAAACAAGUGGGUUGGCACCAGGAGCCGAGGUGAAAUCGAAGAUUUUAUAUCCCGGCCGAUAGAAAAUCCAUCACUAGCGCAGAUUGCUGUUAUCAGCACUAUGCACUUUAAAAGCAAGUGGCAGAAUCCCUUUUCACUCUCAGAGACCCAGCACUUCACAUUUACCAAAGCAGAUGGGUCUGUCAUUAAAGUACCAAUGAUGUAUCAAACAUCAGAGGUAAAUUAUGGUCAGAUCAAGACAGGAAGUAAUCAGAGGUUUAUAGUGGUUGAACUCAGCUAUCUGGAGCACACAGUGAGCAUGUUUAUCAUCAUUCCCAGCGAAAGGAAAAAAAGCAUCUCUCAAGUAGAGCCACACAUCACAGCUCAAACACUAUCAACAUGGACCAAAAGUAUGAGAAGAAUGAAAAUGGAAGUUUUCUUACCCAGGUUUAAAGUGAAAAGUAAGUUCAACCUCAAGACUGUGCUAAAAACUUUGGGAAUCACUGACCUUUUCAGUCCCAGUAAAGCAGACUUCAGAGGAAUUUCUGAGCAUGAAAAGCUAUUUGUUUCUGAAGCUAUUCAUGAAGCAAGAAUAGAAGUAACAGAAGAUGGCACUGAAGCUGCAGCUGCGACAGCCAUGGUUCUACUGAAAAGGUCCCGGGCACUUGUAUUUAAGGCUGACAGGCCAUUUUUCUUUCUGCUGCGCCAUCUCAACACAGGAACAAUAGUUUUCAUGGGUCGAGUGAUGGAUCCUCUUGAAUAAAGAUAUUCCGAAGGUUACUGGGGACGCUGUUUUGGAUGAACCAUUAAGCUGAGGCCCUGUCUGCUCUCUCAGGUGGACGCAAAAGAUUCCAUGGCACUAUUUUGAAGAAUAGCUGAGGAGUUGUCCGCAGCAGAGUCUUGACCAACAACUCUCUCUUCACCUGUAUCAUUAAAGCAGAUACCAUCUCAUUUAUCACACUGCUGUUUGUGGGAACCUGAUGUGCAAAUUGGCUUCAAUGCUUCCUACAUUUCAACAUGUGACUAUCAAGUAAAUAAUUGGCUUUAAAGAAUUAUGGGAUGUCCUGAAAGGUGCUAUAGAAAUUGAAGUCUGUUUGAGAAAUUUUAAAUUAUGAAUUAAGCAAUAAGCUCUCUGUACCUUUCAGGAAUUUUUAUGUUAUUGAACUAUUUCACUUUGCCAACUUAAACAGCAAGCAUCUAGCUGGGAAAUUACAUACUAUACAUAUCACUUGAUAUAUAA